AUGGGUAAAAAGAAGGGUGUCCAUGUUGGCGUCCGUGUCGGCCAAAUUGAAGCAUUGCACUCAACUCAACCUGGAACCAAGCACUCAAUAGAAUCCAAGGUUUUUUCCGAAGAAAGGAAGUCUUCGGCCUUCGGUUUUGAUUCUGAGCUUGAAAAGGCUCUCAAUAAGUUUUUCGGUGGUCCUCCUUUUUUCUUGAUUCUACCUGAUACCAUUGAGGGCCACUCCAAACCUUCGACAGGCAAGAGAGCGUGCAAAGGCCGCCGGCACCCAAUUGUCGUAGUUACUUGGGUGGAUGUACUUUCUGAAGCAACAACCGCAAGUCAAUUUCAGCGCCAGAAAAAUGGCAUGUAUCGGUGUCAUGUUAAAGGAAGGUUGAUCGAGGUGUCUGCGGAGAAUUACCACUUCAUCGCAUUGGGUUACCCCCAACGUAUGAUGAAUUUUUCAUAUCUGUCCGAGGCACAGAGAGUACAAGAGGCUGCUGGAGCUGUGAGAGAACAAGACGCCAACCCUUUCAAUGAUGGCGUGGAUCAGCCGCUCAACUCCGCACCCGACCCAAUGGACAUGACCCGAAGCUCAAUUGCAGAUCUUUUGCGUCAAACUGAGAAGAGUGCCAUGGUCUCAUACCAAAGAACCUGCCAUGUGGCCGAAGAAUUCCAGGCUGAAACAACACGGCUUCGCCCCAACCACAGGCAGGUUAGUCUCCAGUCUCAUCGCAAGCAGGGUUUCUCUAGUCGGACUCCCAUUUUGAUGGCAAACAACCCAGUCAGAUCAGAAGAUAACCUGAUCAGAUCUGACGUUCCAACCCACAUUGAUGAUCGCGGGGCAGGAAGCUUGGAUAUCCUGAAACAGUCUCAAUCCGAAACAAGUGGUCCCGGAAACAAGAACAAACUCCUAGUUACUACCCAUCACGAGAGCUCUUUUCCUUCUUGGACCCCCUCUCCGAAGAAAGAAUGGCGCGUGCGAGAGGGUCCAGUUGCAUCCAAUACCUCCCCUCGUGCAGCGCCGACUAUUCGGUAUUCCUCACGCGAACUAAUCGAGGGACCAGCCUUCAUCAAGUCGCUCAUUGAGGGCAGCACAUCGUGGAAAGAACAGGAGGAGCUGUACCAAGCCGAGUUUGGUGUUUUUCGCUCCCAGUUUAGACUUGUCAAAAGGUUCGGCCUGGUCGACAUGAAAAACGGCGGCUUUGGCAAGGGGGCGUUCAAGAAGUCGUCGAGACAACUCAAGUCUCAGUCGACCUACACCAACGUGGAGCGCCGGGAAUCCAGCCCGAUUGAGGCUUCCCAGGCCAUCCGCCGGGCGCGGGAGAAGAAAAGGGACAAGGGGAAGAAAAGGGACCCCGGCCCUUCCGACCCUGCGUAG